UUUAUAAAGUGUUUCGUAGAAAAUGGGAUUCAAAGCCAAGUGUUUUAAUGUGUGUCGACAGCUUGUUUCGUGUAACUUGUGUGUUGUUCGAUAGUAGAAACGACAUUCGCGCUGUUAUAUGUCGUUGCUAGCUAGCUAAGUGUCGUAGCUAGCUGAAGAUUUGACAUUAGCCUGAAAGUAUAGUCACCACUUCUAGCAGCUACUCACAGAUGAGUGAACUUGUAGCUAACGUUAGUGUGUUAUAGUGGUUACCAGCCACUAACAACUGAUUAAAUGUUUCUGUUGUGUCCUUUGUUGCAUUAUAAAGCGAAUACAGCAAACAAAACAAAGAGCAGAGAUGUCACAGUUAGCUAUUCUGUUUAAAGAAGGACAGAGACAUUAACUUUAACUUAACGUUAAGUUUGAAGGAACAAAAUGCAACUAACUUUACCCCAAAUUUUGAUUGACAGGUAGUGGUAGCUGCAUGCAGUCUCUGGUGGAAAGUAAUUGAAAUACAUUUGCUCAAGUACUGUACUUGUGAACAAUUUUAACUACUUCUACUGUUAACAUUUUCUGCUACUUUAUACUUCUACUCUACCAAAUCUAGGAGGGAUUAAUUGUGCUUUUUACUCCACUACAUUUAUUUUGAAUGACUUUAGUUUCUUUUCAGGUUAUUAAAACAGAAUAUAGGCAACAAAUGAUAAUGUGUUAUCAUAGAUAAAGAUAAAAACACCAAAGUGAUGCUCAGGGGAAAUUCACAAGCUACCCAGCAGUAUAUAAAGUAAUUAAAAUGAUCCCUGCCUCUACCAGCUGCAAUUUUCAAGUGAUGAACACAGUAAUGCAUCAAUAACUUUAUUCCAAUAACACAAUGUAUAUUUUAUGCUGAAAUGGACCAUGGAUGUUGUGCACUUUUACUUUUGGUGUUUAAGUAUGUUUUCAUGGAAUAACUUUUGUACUUUUACUUGAGUAAAGUUUUGAAUGCAGGACUUUUACUGUAUUAUAAGUUCUGAGUAUUUACUCCACCUCUGUCAGUGUAAAACUAAAAUAAUAAGAGGUUAAGAAAACCUACAAUACAAGGUAACAUUUAAAUCAAUUUUGUGUUUUACUACAGUAUAGCUACAGCAAAAAAGUUGUCAGUGGUUGGUUGUUAAUCAAGGCCACAAAAGAGAAGAAGCAAUUCCUGUGUAUGCUUUUUGUAUCUGAUUAUCAGACUAUAGAUUUAUGGCUCAUGGCCAACCUGUUUCCCUCAAGCAGCUCUCACUCUCAGAGGAGGGAUGCACCAGCAGGAGGAGAAUGGAGAACAAGGAAUGAAGAGCAAUGGCGAGGCCAAGGCAAAGCACAGGUGAGAGAGGUGGAGGAGGGUGAGAGACGGCAGGGGAAAGAAACAGUGCCCAGGGGGGCCUGCCAGUCCAUGUGCCCUGCUCGUGAGUUGCAGAACCGUGAAGCGCAAAACCGCCUUCACCGUUUUGAAAUGUUAGCAGGCACAGAAAGAGGUCGACGGCCCAGGGCAGACCCCUUGCGUGCUGUCAAAGAGUAUUCCAGACCUGCAGCUGGGAAAGACUCAACGAACCCCACUGAUCUCCGUCCACCCGCUGUGCUGCUGAAAACUGUGUGUUACCUUAUUGAUGACAUCGCUGCCUCCCCCCACCUGCAUCCAUGGACUGAGGUGUACAGCUUUGUCUUCGAUCGCCUGCGUGGUGUGAAGCAGGACAUGAUCAUUCAGAGGGUGUCUGGGUUGAACUGUGUGGCCAUUUUGGAGAGAGCAGUGCGUUUCCUCAUCUAUGCCUCUUAUCGGCUUUGUGGUGAGCCCCUGCGGCUCUACGACCCACGCAUCAAUGACACGCACCUACAGGAGAAUCUGAGCUGGCUGUUGGAUUGCUACGCAACUGAAACAGGACCGCAUCCCAACCAGGAAGAGUUCCAGGCUCUUGGUCUGCUGUACAACUUGGGUUCUGCCCGUGCCAAACAGCACAUCAUGGAGCUCCCUGAGAGGCUCCGCAGUUCUCCUGCCAUCACACUCGCUCUUUCCAUCAACAGAGCUUAUCUGGAGCGAAACCCUGUGUGUUUGCUCCGAUUGGCUCAGAGAUUGAGCUUCCUGCAGAGCUGUGCUCUACACCGUCACCUGGUGACAUGUCGCAGAGAUCUGCUGCUAGUGUACAGCCACGGACACAGCAGCCGCAACUGUCGCUUUCCUCUUGACAGACUGGCUCAGCUCUUGUCCUUAGACGUGUCACUCACAGCCCAACUCUGUCAGGCAUACGGAGUGGAGGUUAACCAGGACAACCAGGUGGUUUUCUCCAAGGCUGCUUUCACUGAGCCUGAGCCAGGGAAACUGCACUGCAAACUUUAUCACAACAUAGUGGCUGAAAAACAGAGAGACCUCACUGUUGGGAACAUCAUCCAUGGCUGCGCUUGAUACAAAUAAAAGGAGUAAAUCAGUAAUACACGUAAUGUGACAUUUAAGGCAUUCAUAGGGAAAAUGUCUGUUAGCUCCUGUCACUCCACGGUGCAACUGGCAGGCAUUUAAAGGCUUUUUUAAGGACACCUAAGCAGUGAAGCUGUUUCGUUCAUCUUUCUGCUCUUUUUUUAUAAUGUUAUUGGAUUUGAGCCUUUGGGCUUCCAUCUAGGAUGCUCAACCAGUAUGUCCAUAUGUUUUACCAAUUCAGAUUAUAUAUGUUCAACACAAGGGUCAGGGUUGUUGUGGAGCCAAGGGUCUGCUGCGCUCUACCUGAGAGAGACUGAACUGCUGAGAGUAAUGUUCCUCUUGGGUCUGGAAGUGCUUCUUUCAUCCUCAUCUCGCACUUGGUGCCUCAAUCACUUUAAAAUGUGAAUUACUUUUAUAUUGUUGUCUGUGGUUAUAUUGAUACUGUUUAAAUGUUAUGUGAAUACCAUAUUAUGUUUUUGUGUAGUAUUUCAGGAAAUGUGCUGGAAAAGCGACCGUGCAACAGUGUUUAUUUUUUAUCAAUGCAGUACCUCAAAACCGUUUCAAUAAAUUUUGCUACCUAAAAGGGAA